AUGGGCAUCGAGAAAUACAAGGGACGCGUCGCACUGGUUACUGGCGCCAGCGCAGGCAUCGGUGCUGCCAUAGUGCAGGCGAUGCUGAAGCAUGGACUCACUGUCGUGGGAAUGGCCAGGAGAGCCGAAAAAGUUAAGGAGCUUGCACUCAAAGACGCGCCAGGGAAGCUGUACGCCGUUGCCGGAGAUGUGAGCGACGAAGCCAGCAUCCUGGCGGCCUUCAAGUGGGUCAAGGACAACCUGGGUGGCGUCGACAUCCUCAUCAACAACGCUGGUGUAUUUCCCAUUACUAGCCUUACGGAUGGCAAGACGGAAGACUGGAAGCGCAUCCUGGACGUGAACGUGCUGGGUCUGAGCAUCUGCACCAGGGAGGCCGUGCAGGACAUGCUGAGCAGGGGCGUCGACGACGGCUUCAUCAUCCACAUCAACAGUGUUGCAGGACACACACUGCAGCUUACAGAUGGUAAAGCGAUGUAUGCUGCCAGCAAGCACGCAGUAAAAGUCCUGCUCGAAGGGCUGAGAAAGGAUCUCGUGAGCAAGGGUAGCAAGAUACGAGUUGGGUUUUCCUGA